GAACUUCUUAAAUCAGAGACAAGCUUCCAAGGCGAGUUUCCUAAAGAAAAAUGGGCACCAAGGGCAAAGUUAUUAAAUGCAAAGCAGCCAUCGCCUGGGAAGCAAACAAGCCCCUUUGCAUAGAAGAGGUUGAGGUAGCUCCCCCCAAGGCACAUGAAGUUCGAAUUCAGAUAAUCGCCACUGCCUUGUGCCAUUCCGAUGCCCAUAUUCUCCAUCCUAAAUUUACGAAAGCUCUGUUCCCAGUGAUCCUUGGCCAUGAGGGAGCAGGAAUUGUGGAAAGUGUUGGGCCAGGAGUGACCAACUGCAAACCAGGUGACAAAGUGAUUCCUCUCUACAUGCCUCAAUGUAAAAAAUGCAAGUUCUGUUUGAGUCCACUCACAAAUUUCUGUGCAAAGCUCAGUCCAUCCAAAAGUCCUCUUGUUCAACAAGAACUAAUGGAAGACAAAACCAGCAGGUUUACCUGCAAAGGAAAACCAGUUUACCAUUUCAUGGGGAUCAGUACCUUCUCUCAGUACACUGUCGUAUCAGAUACUAAUCUGGCCAAAAUAGAUGAUGAUGCAAAUUUAGAGAGAGUCUGUCUGCUUGGAUGUGGGUUUUCAACUGGCUAUGGAGCUGCAAUCAACACUGCCAAGGUUACCCCAGGUUCUACUUGUGCCAUCUUUGGCCUGGGAGGUGUCGGCCUUUCUGCUUUAAUCGGUUGUAAAGUAGCAGGAGCUUCCAGAAUCAUAGCUGUUGAUAUCAACAGUGAGAAGUUUGCAAAGGCCAAAGCCCUUGGAGCCACUGACUGCCUCAAUCCUAGAGACCUACAGAAGCCCGUCCAGGAGGUCAUCAUUGAAAUGACCGGUGGGGGUGUGGACUUUGCACUUGACUGUGCAGGUGGAUCUGAAGCCAUGAGAGCAGCCCUGGACUGCACAACAAUAGGUUGGGGAUCGUGUACGCUCAUUGGAGUAGCCAUUGGUGACAAAGGAUUGACUAUUUCUCCAGUAGAGAUAAUAAUGGGCCGUACUAUCAAUGGAACAUCAUUUGGUGGUUUCAAGGGUAGAGAUUCAAUCCCAAAGCUGGUUACUGAUUACAAGAAUAAGAAAUUCAACCUGGAUGCACUGGUGACCCAUACCCUGCCUUUUGACAGAAUCAAUGAGGCAUUUGACCUAAUGCACCAAGGAAAAAGCUACAGGAAAGCCAAGAUCAGGAGCUAUUCCAAGAUGAAAACAUCACUACAACACGGCAUGCUCUACUUCUCACAGCACCACUAG